CGGAUGAAACUAGGGUUUUGCUCCUCCCGCUUCCACUCCGAGAAAGCGAGCCGUUCGAGCUCUGCCGAUUCUGCCCGUGGCUCGCUCCUCCGGUCCCGGCCGCUGACAAGAUGAAGCUCGUCAGGUUUCUGAUGAAGCUGAACAACGAGACGGUCACCAUCGAGCUCAAGAACGGUACCGUCGUCCACGGCACCAUCACUGGUGUGGAUAUAAGCAUGAAUACCCAUUUGAAGACUGUCAAGCUCACCUUGAAGGGGAAAAAUCCUGUAACCCUUGAUCACCUGAGUGUGAGAGGGAACAACAUUCGCUAUUACAUCCUCCCCGAUAGCUUAAAUCUGGAAACCUUACUGGUGGAGGAUACCCCAAGAGUCAAGGCUAAGAAGCCAACUGCAGGGAAACCUUUGGGACGGGGUCGUGGACGUGGCCGUGGCCGUGGUCGGGGCAGGGGGCGCUGAGCUUUGCUGUUCCCUUUUUCUGAAGCUCUUGCAGUGCAGAAGUUUUUAAUUUCUAUUAGAGCAUAGAUGCCAGUCUUAGUAGUUCUUGCUGUGGAAUUAUCUUGGCAUUUGACCUAAUGUUCAUUUCUCUCAGGUUACAUCAUUCGAAUUUUUAAGUGGUAUGUUGUUAGUUUGGCUAUUUUAAUAUAAUUUCUUCUGUAUUAAUACUGAGUAAGUGCUUGAAAUGUCUUGAUCUAUUAAAGGCACCUUUGAAUCAAAGGAUCUGUGGAGGAAUUUUGUAGGAUUCAAAUCCUAUAGAAAAUUUUCCUAUACUGCUCUUUGAAACAAGGGAU